CCCUUCCUGUUUUCAUAUCUUUCUCAAAACUCUCCGUGCAAUGUAGCAAUAACCCUUAAACCCUCAAAACCCAGAACCUAAAGAAAAGAAAAUGCUUUCCUCCUCCCCAAUGUCUAUAAAUCCUAAUCCUAAGAAACCCUGAACCUCAAAAAAUGAUCCUCCUCAUCAAUCUCUUCAUGCACAAAACCUCAACCCUCAAACCCCUUCUACCAUCCCUCCUCUCAAACUUGUCUCUCACCAGGCAGAUGUCCCAGUCCACCUCCAUCCCCAAGAAGCUCCAGCGCGUACGUGACCAUGGCUACGACAACUACAUGGAGAUCGAGAAGAAGACUCGCAAGGUCCUCAAGUUCCAGGAACUCAUCCUCUCCCUGCCCAACCAAACCCUCCCCAUCUCUCGCCUCGACCUCCUCGCUCGCCGCCUCGGCUUCAAACUACACCAGUCCGGCGGUUUCGUCCUCAAAUUCCCUCACGUUUUCGAAAUUUACGAGCACCCGGUUCAGAGAAUCCUCUACAUUCGAUUGUCCCGGAAGGCCCUCUUGCAAAUUGAGCAAGAAAAGCAGGCUCUCCACGCUCAAAUCCCCGACGCCGUGACCCGCCUCCGGAAGCUUGUGAUGAUGUCCAAUACGGGUCGGCUACGCCUCGAACACGUGCGCAUUGCCAGGAAAGCGUUCGGCUUGCCUGACGAUUUCGAGCACUCGGUAAUUCUCAAUCACCCUCAAUAUUUUAGAUUGUUUGAUGCUAGAGAGACUAGGAAUAAGUACAUUGAGAUUGUUGAGAGGGAUGAGAGUUUAGCGGUAUGCGCGAUAGAGAGAGCUAGAGAGAGAGAGUAUAGGGAGAAAGGGAUUGAUGCCGAGGAUAUACGGUUUUCGUUUAUCGUGAAUUUCCCACCCGGGUUUAAGAUUGGCAAGUAUUAUAGGAUUGCGGUGUGGAAAUGGCAAAGGGUUCCGUAUUGGUCGCCUUAUGAGGAUGUGUCAGGGUAUGAUUUGAGGUCAUUAGAGGCGCAGAAGCGAAUGGAGAAGAGGGCCGUGGCAACAAUUCAUGAAUUGCUGUCAUUGACAGUGGAGAAGAAGAUUACGUUGGAGAGGAUUGCACAUUUCAGGUUGGCAAUGAAUUUGCCGAAGAAAUUGAAGGACUUCCUUCUUCAGCAUCAGGGAAUAUUUUAUAUUUCAACAAGGGGGAACCAUGGGAAGCUGCAUACAGUUUUUCUUAGGGAGGCAUACAAGAGGGGUGAGUUGAUAGAGCCAAAUGAUUUAUAUUUGGCACGUAGGAAGCUGGCUGAUUUGGUCUUGUUGAGCCCGAGAAAGGCAAAUUUGGAUAGGGAAUUGGUUAAUUAUAGGAGAGAUAGAGAAGAUGAAAUAGAGCACAAUAGAAGCAAGUUUGUCGAGAAUGAUUUUCGAAAUUUUGCGGUUGAGGACAAUGUUGGGAAAGAUGGGGAGGGGGAGGAUGAUUUGGACAUGCAUAUGGGUUCUCCCAUUCCUAUCCCGAGCUCGAACUCAAGUUUGGAUCUUGUUGUAGGAAGAAAUGGGAUUGGUGGCACCCCAUUGCCAAUGGGACUUGGAUCUGGUGACUCUUGUGGAUGCACUGAUGGAUGAGCCAAGAAAGUACAAUAGCAAAUCCCUUGGUGAGCUGUAGGAGACUUCCUUCUGGCUUUGUUGUGCAAGAUAUGUCCAAUGGUUACUCCAAGGUAAUUGUAAAUGUGGAUUGCUUGUUAUUCAUAGCAUUUUCUGGAUGUUUAUUGUGCUUUCCUGGAAUGCUAUAACACCUGCUUUGCACAUAUUUAAUGAGAGUGUUAAAAGCAUUUUUUGAGCUUAAAUUAUGGGCACUUGGACUCCCAGUCCCAACCCACCUUGACUUGUGCUUCCAAGUAUUUAACUUUUGUUUUCUAUCACUCACUAAAUUUUGCUAUUUAUGAAAUAUAAUAGGGGUUUACCAAAGACUGUGGACCUUUUAUUAGUAUUUUACUGAAGAAGAUGCUUCCUCAGUGUUAUUAUUUUAUACCAUUCGAACUUCAAUGCUGACAUUGGUUAGAGUCUGUACUUGAUUACUCUACUGCAGCUCUUUGAGAUGAGCAAGUCAAGGGCAUCGAGCAAACUUCAAUAUUAGUCUAAGGCUCUUGUACUUUUUUAACGUCUUGUAUAUGUGAUAUUUGAUAAACUAUUUGUGCAAUUAACCUUGGAACUUUCAAUCUUUGUUCUAUAAACUAUACAUUUGAUGCUUCUAU